UUUGGUGGUUGGUUAGCUGGGCGAGGGGGAAGGCCUGUGGCUAGGGGCCCGAGAGAAAGGAGGAGCCUUUACUGAGGGGGUGCUGAAUCCUGUCUUCUUCCAGCCAGAGGGGCCAGGGAACCCCAGCCAAGGAGGGGUGCGGCACCCUGAGGCACAGGCGCGAGCUUAAGUACACCCGGGUUUUGGAAUGAGGAAGGAGCUCCCCACUGGGUGACAGUCAGGGGCAGGCCUGUGGUUGAAACUUCUUCCUCUGCACGCCUGCCGCCUAAGGGACACCCGUCUCCAAGUCUGAGCUCAUUCCUCCACACGGGAAAGAAGAAGGGGGCAUCGCGACAGUUGGUUCUUACCUCUCCUUGUCUUGUCUCAUCAGCCUGGUUGGCUGGGUCUGGAACUUAGUGCCCUCCUCCUCUUUCUCUUCUUCUCCUUUCCUUUUGCAGUCAAAAUAUAAGCUAAGGCUUAUAGGAGACCUGGGCAGGAGAGGACGCAGAAGAGAUCAAAUCCCCUCCUCCCUUGAAUUCCACCACUUACUUAUUCCUGGCCCCAGUAGAACUAGAAGCUGUACUAAGGAGCUCCAUUGGCCAUUGGGGAGAGUUGGGAAAGACAGGAUCUGCCUGCUAGGGAAUUUGCCUGUGGGGAUCCAGGAGACUCAACAUGCUGCCUUAGCCCCUGUGACCACUCUAGGUCUCCCCGUUCCAAGGCCAUGGCCCGUUCCUUCAGCUGGCACUGCUGCCCCUGGUGCCUGACAGAGGACGAGAAGACGGCCUUAAGGAUUGACCAAGAGAUCAAUAAGAUCCUCAUGGAACAGAAGAAGAGAGACCGAGGAGAACUUAAGCUGCUGUUGCUGGGUACCGGGGAGAGUGGGAAAAGCACCUUCAUCAAACAGAUGCGGAUUAUCCACGGGGCAGGCUACUCAGAGGAGGACCGCAAGGGGUUCACGUCCUUGGUCUAUCAGAACAUCUUCACCUCCAUGCAGGCCAUGAUUGAGGCCAUGGACACCCUUCAUAUCUCCUAUAGCUGCCCUGAGAGCAGGCAUCACGCUGACCUGAUUAUGAGCACAGAUGCCUACAAAGUGACGACCUUUGAGAAGCCCCAAGCCCACGCCAUCAAGUGUCUGUGGAAAGAUGCUGGCAUCAGGGCCUGCUAUGAGCGUCGCCGCGAGUUCCAUCUGUUGGACUCUGCUGUAUAUUACCUGUCCAACUUGGAGCGUAUUACGGAAGAAAGCUACAUCCCUACAGCCCAGGACGUUCUGCGGAGCCGGAUGCCCACGACCGGCAUUAAUGAAUACUGCUUCUCUGUUCAGAAGACCAAUCUGAGGAUUGUGGAUGUGGGUGGCCAGAAGUCCGAGCGGAAGAAGUGGAUCCACUGUUUUGAAAAUGUCAUUGCUCUCAUCUAUCUGGCGUCACUGAGUGAAUAUGACCAGUGUCUGGAGGAAAACAACCAGGAGAACCGGAUGAAGGAGAGCCUGGCUCUGUUUGGCACCAUCUUGGAGCUGCCCUGGUUUAAGAACACCUCUGUCAUCCUUUUCCUCAACAAGACAGACAUCCUGGAGGAGAAGAUCCCCACCUCCCACCUGGCCACCUAUUUCCCCAGCUUCCCUGGCCCCAAGCAGGAUGCAGAAGCAGCCAAGCAGUUCAUCUUAGAUAUGUACACUGGUAUGUACACUGGCUCCGGAGAAGCCAAAGGCUCCACAAGGAAGAACUCCCGCUCCAGGCGCCUUUUUAGCCACUACACCUGUGCCACGGACACCCACAACAUCCGCAAGGUCUUCAAGGAUGUCCGGGACUCAGUGCUCGCCCGCUACCUGGAUGAGAUCAACUUGCUCUGAGUCUUGGGGCGCCUAGAGAGGAGGCCUGGCUCCCAUGUUGCACUUUAGAGGCCUCUGAGGGGGGGGGAGCUUCCUCUUCUCUCUAUGGCUGCUCAUGGCCCUCCUGUUGUCACCUCGACUCGGGCUCCCUGAAGCUGAUUGGAACUUAACACCUCGGGGUUCCUAAAAGGGAAUGUGAAUGACUGGAGAACAUCAAGGGAGGCAAAGAAAAGCCUUCAUGUAUGGAAUGUUAGAAUUGAAAGGACUCUUAGAACAGAGAACGUCGGUGCUGGGAGGUCCCUUAGGGCAGGAAUGUCAGGACUGGGAAGGCCAAUGGAACACAGAAUGUCAGUGCUGGAAGGACCCUUAGAACAUGGAAUAUCAGAGUUGGGAGAUCCCUUAGAAAACAGGAUGGGAAAGCUAGAAGGGCCCUUCAAACCCAGGAUGUCAGGGCUGGGAGGUCCCUUAGAACACGGAAUGUCAGAACUGGGAGAUCCCUUAGAACAUGGAAUGUCAGAGCUGAGAGGUCCCUUAGAACAUGGAAUGUCAGAGCUGGGAGGUCCCU